AUGAGCAAACAUCCAAUUUAGAAUUAUUAAAUCUUAAAGACUUUAGGCAAAGUAAUAAAUUUAUAUUUAUAUAAAAGGGUACAUUUGCUACUGUCUAUUAAGCUCAACAUAUAAAAAACUAAAGAAAUAGUUGCUAUUAAAUAAAUUGA